AUGUGUAAUGAAGCUAAAAAGGAGCUGAAAAUGACACAGAAUAAGCUGGAAAAGUAUGAAAAGAAGGCGAAAAGAACGGAAGAAGUGGAGAUUCAGAUGAGAAAAAUGGAGGUUGAAAUGAAGAAAAUGAAAAAGGAAAUGAAAGAGAGAGAGAGAGAGUUGGAGGUGGAAAAGAAGCAGAAAAAUAUUGAAGAGCUAGAGUCAAAAGUAUCCAAGCUAGAAGCAAAUGAGAUCAGUCUAGACAUCAACCAAAAUGAAAUGCAGACUCAAAUAGUUGAUCUAACAUCUCAAUUGGAGGAUAAGAAUCUGAAAAUUGAAGAAUUAAAAGAUCAUGUCAAUCAGUUGAAUCGCAGAGAGAAAAUUUCGAAUAACAAGAUUUCAAAGAAAGAGAAUCAUGUUAAAAAGUGGAGUUUUCAAUCAACUUUUGAUUCAAAAUCUGUUUUCCAGACUCCAAGAAAAGAAUCAAGAAUUAUUGAUCCGUAA